AUGGUACUAUUCUGGACAACUCUUCCACCAUUCAUUCUAUUACUACCCCUUCUUCAAGGAACCAAUGCAACUCCAACCGGAAACAAGAUACCGAUUAAUUUAGACAUUGCUGAGGAACCUAAGCGUUAUAUUAAGAAUGUCCUAUCCGAAGAAUUUGCCGGAGGUAUUUAUUAUACCAUGAAGGGAGGUUAUAUAUCUCGCUACGUAUUUGGAGAUGUGUUCGAUGGACCAGAGCUGAUUAUCCCUGGAGAUCCAAACUCUAUAACUAGAUCCGUUCUAGUUGUGCCUAGAGAAGACGGUACCAAGUAUGUGAAGGUGCUUACAAAAUAUGUGGGUGCUUCUAGAAGGCCAAUAGUUAAGGUUUUAGAAUUUCUUAGAUAUCCAACUGAUUUAUACUAUACGAAAAUCCAGAGGGCUCCUUUGGAAUUUGACAUCCUAGAUUUAAACCACAAUCACAUGAUAAAUGCCAAACUUUUGGGUGAUUGGAAAAAACAUGAUGAAGAUGUGGCCAAUGGAAGGGCUACCAUGGAUAUGCCAGAAAAUUUGGAAACUCUACCCAUGAAGUUUACUAUUCAGGGAAACAUGCGGGACAAUUUCACAAUUGGUUUGGUAAAGUAUAACGGGUAUGUCAUAGAGAGCAGGACUGAUGGACUAUUGAACAGAGAAGUUACCUGGGAAGGAGGACUUUACAGGCCAAGGAUUAUCAUUCUGUCAAGAUAUGCGGAUAAUACAGAGAUUAGAGGGGAUGAACCUGGUACAAGUACCGAUAUCAAGACACCCGUUGUCAUUAUCGCACCAAAGGCAAUUGUGGACUAUGAAAAGCUCUACAAGAAGAUGAUGGAAGUUGGCCCCGGGACAACCAAGACUCAAACAAAAGAAAGGGAGACUUUGUACGAUGAAAAGGUUGCACUCUCAGACCCCGUAUCCAGGAGAGAACUCUUGUUCGAGCUACUAAAGGAUGUGGAAUCACGAAUAGCCUUUUACAGGGCAGACGCUAGCGAAAUGGAGAUGGUAGGUUCUAGCGGUUACAGGAUAAUGGUAUUGAGUACGUGA